CAGGUGGCCGGGCUAUAUGAGGCGGCGCGGCGGGGCGGCGGGCUGGCUCCAUGGCGGCGCCGGCCAUGGCCGAGCCGCGCUCCAAGCGGCCCCGCGUCACCCUGCCCGCCUGCCCCGCGCACCGCCCGCUGCCCGCCAGCCGCGUCCGCCACGGCUUCCCCGCCGCCGUGGAGGAGGCGCUCUGCGGCGUCACCGGCGCCCAGCUGGAGCUCCACUACUGCCUGCAGGCGCUGGGUGAAUAUUUUGAUCAGUCGCAUGUGGCUCUACCAAAUAUUUCAAAGUUCUUCUUGCAUCAAGCUCUGGAAGAGAGAAAAGCCGCAGAGGCAUUGAUGAAGUAUCAGCAAGAAAGAGGAGGCCACUACUGUUCUAAAACCAUCCAGAAACCAAACUGUGAUUAUGCAGUCGGUCUGAUGAAAGCCCUGGAAUUAGCAAUGGUACAGUGGAAAACUAUGCUACGAUACUUUGAAGAGCUUUAUGCCCUGAGUGUUGAAAAUGCAGACCCUCAUAGUGCAAGCACUAUGAAGAAGCAAUUUAUUGCACCCAAAAUCCGGAAGAUCAAGCUAAUGGGAGAUCUACUGACCAAUGCUCGCAGGCUUGACUGUUCCCAAGAUGGCAGGAAUAGUCUUGGGGAUUACUUCAUGGACCGGUUGCAGAAAGAGUUCAGAACAAGCGUAGAGCCAGAGCCUAGUGAUCACUGCAGCCCCUGCCAGCCUCUGCAGCAGUGCACAGGAGCUGCAGAAGGUCUGAAGCGACCCCAGAGAGAAUCUUCCCAGCACAGAAAUGGCAUAGGGCCAAUAUAUGCAACCAUACACUGCACUGCGAUGCUGCCACAGUGUAACGAUGGGACAGGAGCAAAACUGAAGCAGAGCAGGGAGGGCCUUUAAUGCUGUGGCUACUACGGGGCAGCUCCUAAGGCAAACCUGUACAGAGGGUGGAGUUGGGACCAGAACUCAGGAGACAUGAUCCUGUAUCACUCCUGUUUUACGCCCUGCCCCCUCAUCCUCUCUUGAGUCACAGCUCAAAAUCUAGCCCAUGCCGUUAUUUUGUUUAAAUGAUAGCAAGGUUGCCAGCUACCUAGAUUGUCAGCACUAGUCACACUUAUCUAUGCAAUUCUUCCUAGAAGCCAAAAGCUUUUUAAGAUUCUUUUCUGUUUUAAAUGAUUAACAGGAUUAUUUAGUGCAAAUUUUUAAAAAUAUAUAAUUUUUAUGGAAAAAAAAAAAAAAGAAACCACUGCACCCUUAGUACAAGGAAACUUCUUUGUAACAGAAAAUCCAAAUAUUUAGUUUUAUAUUCCUGAAUAUUUUAUAUUCCUGAAUACAUAUAUUAGAUAUUUUGUAUUACUAACAAGUAUACUAGCAUAAUGAAGUUGUUUUUAAAAUGACUUGGUUUAAAACAAAGUUUUCUUAUUUCUAUCAUAGUAGCAAUUUAAAUAAGUAGUCGAAAUAAUUUACUUAUCAGCUGUUCCUAGUGGUAUACUUCUUCAGGAUGAAGGAUGCAAACAUUUCCUCAACACUGGGUAUAAGAAAACACGCUGGUUUUCUCUAUAGUUAUGUGCCUAGUUGGCUUUUCUCAUUGUCAGAAAACACAUGAGAGAUAAAUUAGGAGUUCUCAUUAGCUGAGAUCUUUAAAGGUUCUACUGGGUACUUUGCAAGUGUCACUGAAGACACUAGCUCUAGGGCUCUGUCCAGACUUAACCUAGGAGGGUUGCUUUAGUUAUCUUACAGACCCCUAUUUCAGCUAGCACAGUUAUGGUAUUACUAUGGUACUCCUCCUAUUUCUUGUAUUCCCUAUUUGGUCCCAAAUAGAGGCAUAAGAUCCUAGUGAAAAAGCAGCACACUUAACUAGAAUUGCAUCAGAGAGAGCAGCCACUCAUUAAGUUUUGCCUUUCAGCUGGGGCAGUAUUAGCCAGCUUGGUUAAAGUGCAGAAGUUCAGAGGUGUCUGAAUUCUUUUCCUUGGUCUCCUGCAGGAGUGCCUUGCCUUUUCUACCCUGGCUCCCAAGGUCACCCAAGAGCAACUGGCUAGACCAGCUGCCUGCAGCUAGGGUUUGGGGGUUUUUUGUCAUUAUACAGAACAUCCUUUAUGCAAUUGGGGUUUGAUUUAUUGAAAGACUGCCUCACACUUUUAUGUAAUACUGUAAGUGAUACUCCUAUUAUGCUUGAAAAUAAAUUCAGUUCAAUGUUACAAAUGGUUCUUUGCAUCUCCAUUUUAUUCCUCAGUUCACCACCCAAGUAUGUUGGUAUUAUUCUCCAAGAGAUUUUGCAUAUGUUUACAAAACUUCACCAGUAUUUUUCUUCAUCCAAGAAAGCUGGAUAGAAGAGUAUGCCACAGAGUGAAAAUAAAUGCCAGAAAACUUCAUUACUACAAAAACACUGCACAAUGAAACAUUUUCAGUAAACUGCUGUUUAUACACAGCUGCAGUUGAAUAGCAAUUUUUGCAAAGCCCACCUACUUUCUAUUGGUGGUCUAACAUGGGACAGACCAUUACAAUGUAGAUGCUUUCCCAAUCUUUCUGUUAAUGGAAUUUAACAUUUGUGGAGCGGGGACACACAACCACUUUAAAACAACCUCUGUAUUCAUCCAUAAGAGUACUGCAAUGUGCCACAAGAAUGGCUCAAAGCACUUUAACCAAUAUGCUAGGUUUGCCUAUGUUGAGAUGGCUGCUCUCUAAAACAGCAGUAGUUUAAAAGAUAUUUCCAACUGGGCUAGAUUCCAUCACCCAUCGUCAUGCUGAGCAUACCUUAUUCAACAAUUAGUUCCACUGACUGCAACUCAACGUGAAUAAGAGCAAUGGAAUCCGUCCCUCUCAGUAUUAAAAUAUAGCUCAGUAAGUGUGAACAGAGAAAAGCUACUAACUGAAGUAUAAACUAGUGCCAUAUAAAACCCCUUCAAACACUACUGGUAAUGUUUGACCUAUUUCUACAACCACCUUCUCCUUUAAGAGUUGGUACCUUCUGAAAUGUAGGUACAGUCUCCUCCAUGGUUUCCAGCACUUAAGACUGUUUUUUACCUUAAGCUAAUUCCAACAUAACAACCCAACAUUGAAAUUUUUCAAAGCAAGACUUACCUCUUAU